ACUGUACACAUGCCAGGGAAUAAGUAUAACUGUAGCCCUGUGACACCAAGAACUAGAUUGGAAAGGCUUCUGAGAGAAAGAGAGAGAAGGAAAUCCAACCGGUGUUUCCCAUCAAGUGAGGAAGCAAGAGAUUGCAACGGAGAGGCAGAAAUCCAUGUGAAUGAUUCAUGUUCAACUGAGAAUAAUAAUUUGGGUCUACCUAGGGAGGAAGAGUUCUUGAAUGGGGUUGCAGCUGCAAGAACUUUUCUGGCUGAUGGAUGCCAAAGGCAAGAUGGGCGCCCUUCUAAACAAAGAUUGUUGGUGGUAGCCAAUAGGUUGCCGGUCUCUGCUAUCCGAAGGGGUGAGGACUCAUGGCAACUUGAGGUAAGUGCUGGAGGGCUAGUCACUGCACUUUUAGGCCUGAAGGAGUUUGAUGCCAAAUGGAUUGGUUGGGCUGGUGUAAAUGUACCCGAUGAAGUUGGACAAAGAGCACUCACUAACGCCUUAGCUGAAAAGAGGUGCAUCCCAAUAUUUCUUGAUGAGGAGAUGGUUCAUCAGUAUUAUAAUGGUUACUGUAACAACAUCUUGUGGCCUCUUUUCCAUUAUCUCGGGAUUCCACAGGAAGAUCGACUUGCAACCACCCGUAGUUUCCAGUCUCAAUUUGAUGCAUAUAAGAAGGCAAACCAAAUGUUUGCUGAAGUAGUGAAAGAACAUUACAAGGAGGGAGAUGUAGUUUGGUGCCAUGAUUACCACCUAAUGUUUCUUCCGAAAUAUCUAAAAGAAUAUAACAACAAAAUGAAAGUUGGUUGGUUUCUUCAUACUCCCUUUCCCUCCUCUGAAAUACAUAGAAUGCUGCCUUCUCGCUCAGAGCUGUUGAGAUCUGUUCUUGCUGCUGAUUUAGUUGGUUUCCACACAUAUGAUUACGCAAGGCAUUUUGUAAGUGCUUGCACUCGUAUCCUUGGACUUGAGGGUACGCCUGAAGGAGUAGAGGAUCAAGGAAAGCUUACACGUGUAGCUGCGUUUCCUAUUGGGAUAGAUUAUGAACGAUUUAUUCGAGCUCUUGAACUCCCUCAAGUUCAGAAUCACAUGAAAGAACUGAAACAAAGAUUUGCCGGCCGAAAGGUAAUGUUGGGGGUCGAUCGUCUUGAUAUGAUUAAGGGAAUCCCCCAAAAGAUUUUGGCGUUUGAAAAGUUCCUUGAAGAAAAUCCACAUUGGCGUGAUCGAGUUGUUUUGCUGCAGAUUGCAGUACCAACAAGGACGGAUGUUCCUGAGUAUCAAAAGCUUACAAGCCAGGUUCAUGAGAUUGUUGGACGCAUUAAUGGGAAAUUUGGUACUCUAACUGCGGUUCCAAUACAUCAUCUGGAUCGAUCUCUCGACUUUCAUGCAUUAUGUGCACUAUAUGCUAUUACUGAUGUAGCACUCGUAACAUCUUUAAGGGAUGGAAUGAAUCUUGUCAGCUAUGAGUUUGUUGCCUGCCAAGCUUCCAACAAAGGAGUUCUCAUUCUAAGUGAGUUUGCAGGUGCAGCACAGUCUCUUGGGGCUGGGGCUAUUUUGGUAAACCCAUGGAACGUGACUGAAGUUGCUGCUUCCAUUAGUUAUGCCUUGGAAAUGCCAGCUGAUGAGAGAGAGAAAAGGCAUCAGCACAACUUCAAGCAUGUGACAACUCACACAUCUCAAGAAUGGGCUGCAACCUUUGUAAGCGAACUCAAUGAUACUAUUGUUGAAGCUCAACUUAGGACAAGACAAGUUCCACCAUUACUUCCAACAGAAAUAGCAGUUGAUCGUUAUUUGAAAUCCAGUAAUAGAUUGGUCAUACUGGGAUUCAAUUCUGCCUUAACUGAACCAGUGGAUGCCCUAGGGAGAAAUGGUCAAUUAAAAGAAAUGGAGCUUAAAUUGCACCCAGAUAUAAAGGAACCUUUAAGGAAGCUUUGUGAUGACCCAAAGACAACAAUUGUUGUCCUCAGUGGCAGUGAAAGAGCUGUCUUGGAUGAUAACUUUAGUGAAUACAACAUGUGGUUGGCAGCAGAACAUGGGAUGUUUUUACGUCAUACAAACGGAGAAUGGAUGACAACAAUGCCAGAAAAUUUAUGCAUGGACUGGGUUGACAGUGUAAAGCAUGUUUUCGAGUAUUUUACUGAAAGAACACCUCGAUCUCAUUUUGAACAUCGUGAAACUUCACUUGUAUGGAACUACAAGUACGCAGAUGUUGAGUUUGGAAGGAUUCAAGCAAGGGAUAUGUUGCAGCAUCUGUGGACAGGUCCAAUCUCCAAUGCCUCUGUUGAUGUUGUCCGAGGUGGCCGAUCUGUCGAGGUCCGAGCAGUUGGUGUUACGAAGGGUGCAGCUAUAGAUCGUAUCUUAGGAGAAAUAGUUCAUCACAAAGGCAUGAAGUCACCUAUUGAUUAUGUUCUCUGUAUAGGGCACUUUCUUGCAAAGGAUGAAGACGUCUAUACGUUUUUUGAGCCAGAGCUUCCUUGUGAUUCACCACCUCCAGCAAGAGCCAUGGUAGCCAAUCAUGUGAAGGCAUCUAUGCCAAAUAAUUUGGCCAGCCAAAGUGGGCCGAGGGCAUCUCGCCUUAAGAAGCAGCGUUCGUUGUCUACUUUAGAGAAGAAAGAAACCAAUCCCGGAAGUGCAAUUGCUUUGCAACCUAUGUUGCAGGAUAAAAUGCCACUGCAUGAGGGUGCUUCAGUACUUGAUCUCAAAGGUGACAAUUACUUCUCUUGUUCCGUUGGGAGAAAGCGAUCAAAUGCACGGUAUCUCCUUGGAUCAGCAGACAGUGUUGUUUCUCUCCUAAAGGACCUGGCGCAGUGUUCAUCAUCCAAUUGAUCACAUCAUGCGUACUGCAAAUGUUAAUGUCAAUCUGAAGGUUGAGAGGCAUGGCAUUAGCAGUCCUUUGAGCAGCUAAACCUUUUCUUCUUUACAGUCCAUGGAAAUUUAAGUUUUACUGAGUAGUGGCAUCAGCAUUACUUGAAUAAACUACAUUAACACCUGAAA